AACAGAGUCGCUCUCACCUGUUCGCUCCUGAUUUAAAAUGAGCCUGAAAUAAACAAAUAAACAAGGUGCAGGACACCACUUCCGGCUUUAAAGUUUCAAGAUAAAAGCUUUAAUAAGGAAAUUGUGUUCUAACUUUGACCCAACCAGCCUCAAAUGAUAAAAAAAAUGAAAGUUUCUGUUUAUAUGAGUGUAUAUUCAGAUUUUACUGUGCAGAACUUUGUGUUGAGAUCAAUGAUUUUCACAGAGAAAUCUCAGAAUGUGCAGAAUAAGUUACAGUUUCUAUAAAUCAGACCUUGAAAAGUCUUAAAAGCAUUGAUUUCAUUAAAAACUUAUUUUAUAUUGUACUACCUCUAAAGGUCUGAACUGUCUUCUGUAGACAGAAAUGUUUUUUAAUCUUUUGAUUUAUCAUCCAGGCCUCAGACCUGAAGUAGUGUUACACACCUGAAGUACUGUGACAACAUGAAGAACCAGAACCAGAACAAAGACCAGUUCACUGGGACGGGACGGACCCAGGAAACCAUCAUCCCCAAGGUCCGGUAUCACCCGACCAUCCAGACCCAGACAACCGGGGACGGAGCACGAGCCAAAACCAGGAUCAGUCAAACCCAGAAGACCAGAGCUGCUGCUGUGCGCCCCCCAAAGACUGGGACUGACAGUAAGCCAGUCCCGGUGAACCAGGAUGCCAACAAGACUCCUCAGGUUGAUCCAGCUCCUGCUGUGAGACCACGUCCUGGUGGUGGACGAAAACAGGGCGUUCAGACACCUGUUAAGAAACCGAAUCAGAAACAGGUUCAGGGAGCUGCUACAGAUCCAGAUCCACCUCAAACACCAGACCAGCUCCCUGGCAUAGCCCUUCCCAGACCUGAGCAGGUCCCUCUGGGUCUGGGGGUCCAGUUGGACAGGUCUCUUGUGGAAGAAGUGGAGGUUCUGACCCGAGGACAGAGUACCAACCAGGACUGGUUCAUGUGGAGGAAGAACCGGAUCACGGCCUCCGUGGCUCACCGCAUCGCUCACUGCCGCUUCGUCAACGGCAAGAGCAAAACCCCGCCCACCUCCUACCUGGCUGCUGUCACAGGUGAGGGGCGGAGCAUCCAGACCAGAGCCAUGAGCUGGGGGGUCCAGAUGGAGGCCGAGGUCGUCCGCAGGUACCAGAGACUGAAGAGCGCUGCGUUGGGACGGUCCGUCUCCGUUCAGGACUGCGGUUUGUUCAUCGACGCUCAGAGGCCCUGGUUGGCUGCCAGCCCUGAUGGCAUUGUGACGGACAGCCGGACCGGCCAACGGCUGCUCUGCCUGGAGGUGAAGUGUCCCUACAAACACAGACACAAACGAGUGGAGGACGCCUGCGUGGAGGACCCCGCCUUCUGUCUGGAAAUACAGGACCAGAACGGACAGCAGCCCGGAGGGUCCCCGGUCUACCGCCUGAAGACGUCUCACAGUUACUUCACACAGAUCCAGUGUCAGCUGGCGGUGACCGGCCUGCGGCAGGCUGACCUCGCCGUCUUCACCCUGAAGGAGACAGCGGUCGUCCCGGUGACCUUUGACCCCGACCUGUGGCAGGUGACAGUGUCCAAACUGGAGGUGUUUUACAGGGACGGCGUCCUGCCUCACCUCAGAGGGAAGACACAGCAGGACUCAGCGGCGUGGACACCGGAGCCAUAGAAAUGUGUCACGUGUUCCCCGCUGCUCUGUGGUGACCUCUGACCUCUGCUUCUGCUUUCUAUGGUAACGCCUCUGCAGUGAGCUGUUCCUCACAACCUGUGCCUACAUUACCCACAAUGCAACUCUUCCUCUGACUGCUGGGUGGUGGAUCGUGGCCGGCUUCCCCUGGUCUCCCUGUGUUUAAACACAGACUGUAUAGAAGAAGUGGGCGUAGUCAUGGUGAUGUCACCCGUUGGUUUGUGGACCGCCGUUUUGAAGCCUCGAGUUUGGCCGUUAGGGCGCCGCCAUGUUGAGUUUUUGCAACCAGCGUCACCGGACGUGACCAUAUUUGGACGAGACGGUGGAGCUGUGUGCGGCGAUAGGUAGCUAGGUGCAUCUGUCAUUUUAACAGCUGAUAACUUUGUCUUAAAACUAAAUGUUCGAGCAGCCGACUCCGGAUAAGCUUCUUCAGCGCCGCUGGUUAAAUGUACACAGCGCCGUGGGUACGAGUCACUAUCCUGAUUGACAGGUCGCCAUGGUAGCGACUUGUCAAUCAGCUUGUAGCCCCGCCCUAAAGCCUCCCCUGCUUUCUGGUCUCUGUUCCUCUAAACAUUUUACCUCCGGACUUCUGUUUGCAACCAGGAGAGUCGCCCCCUGCUGGCCGUUCAAUAGGAUGCAGGUUUAAGGGACUUCCGCAUUGGAUUCACGUCUCAGACCGGAAGCUUCCUGCUUGUUUAAUGUGACAACGCUAUGAACUGUGGGUAAUUCCCUCAGUCUGCUGUAGGGCCGAACGAUUAAUCGUUUCCAAAUUGAGAUUUGAAAGAACGCGAUUAGCUAAUCGUGAAGACGGCUCUGUGCCGCCAGACGUGGCUUCCGUCAAAAAUAGACUGGCAGUGAAUAUUAAACUUCAGCAAAACUUCAAUUAAAAAAAAAUCACAAAUCGAAUCUUAAUCGCAAUAUCUGGCAGAAAAAUCGCAAUUAGAUUUUUUCCCCAAAUCGUUCAGCCCUAGUCUGCAGGAUGGGGUUCAGCCUCACGUCACUGUGGGACCUUUUUAUUCUCAGCUUAUCGGCCUGGACAGCCUGGAGCUCUUCGUCUCAGGAAUAUUGAUCACUAUUCAAUAUACUUAUUAAUAUUUCAAGGUUUUAGGGAGGCCGGAAGCACGGAGGCAGCCUGGAUAUAAACUGGAUCAGGACUACUUGAAUGUCUUUCCAUCUCAUGUACAGGUGUGAUCACAGAGCAGGAGACGUUCAGGUGCAUCAUUAUCUGCAGGAUCUUCAGUCAUCAAGGUGAUGUUGCCUUUGAAUUUAAAGGGGACCUGUUAUGUUAUGCAGUCCCAUCCCUGCCGCAGCCUGCUAAAUACGUAAGACAUUGGCCAAUCAGAAGACAGUGUGCUUUGAGAGGGGGGAGGGGUCUUAAAGAGACAGGCGCAUCUACAGCUUGUUUCAGACAGAGGCUGAAAUGAGUCAGUAUAAGAUACAAAAUUAUUUUUUAUUAGAUUUUUGUGAUAGGUCUCCUUUAAGAUUUGAUACUAAGCAACGAUGAAAGUCUCAACUUUGCUUCAUUGCGUCUCUGUGUACUCUGGAGUGGUAGAACGUAUAUUUUUAUUUUUUAACACACACGCAUACAGUCCCUGACAAAAGUCUUGUCGCUUGUGUGCAAAUUGACUUGAAGUGCCGCUGAAAUAUAUUUCUAAUCAAGAUUUUUUUACAAGAAAUGGCUCAUUUUAAUCCCAACAGCUUUUGUAAUAAUGUUUCAGUGCAAAACGAAACUGUCAAAAAGUAUUCUAAUAUUCACAGCUUGGUAAAGCCCAUUGAGUCAAUUUUUGCAAAGACAUAAGUGUUGUCGCCUUGUCAUAUGAGCUUCACCUGUGACUAAUAAUGGAUCAAUUAGGUCUCAGGUGUGUAUAAAAACAACCCCAGUACACUCGACCUUCACAUCAACAGCAACUAGACCUCUGCAAACAUGCCUAAGAUUCACCCUGAGACUAAGGUUUUGAUUAUCAAGAGGCUGAAGACCAGAUCCACUGCUGAUGUGGCAGACACCUUCAAUGUGUCUCAGCGUCAAGUACAGAGGAUAAAAAAAACAUCUGAAGACAUUUUUGACCGGUGUUUGUGUAUCACAUUUUUGACAAGCCUAGGUCAGGCAGGCGCCGCAAGACAACCGCUCGAGAGGACCGUUUGUUUGCUCGAAAAUCCAAGGCCAGCCCAUUUUCCACUGCAGCAGAGCUCCACGAGACCUGGUCACCUGAAGUCCCUGUGUCAACCAGAACAAUUUGUCGGAUUCUGUCUCGAAAUGGCCUCCAUGGUCGAAUCAGUGCCCAGAAGCCAGCACUAAACAAAAGACAAAUGAAAAACCGUGUGGCAUUUGCCAAGAGCCACAGCCUGCUAAAAGGAUGGACACUGGAAAAGUGGAAGAAGGUGGAUUUUUCAGAUGAAUCUUCUGUUGAAUUACACCACAGUCGCCACAAAUAUUGCAGGAGACCUAAUAGAGCCCGCAUGGAUCCGAGAUUCACCCAGAAAACAGUGAAGUUUGGUGGCGGAAAAAUCAUGGUCUGGGGUUACAUCCAGUAUGGGGGUGUGCGAGAGAUCUGCAGGGUGGAAGGCAACAUCAAUAGUCUAAAAUACCAAGAAAUCUUAGCUACCUCUUAUAUUCCCAACCAUAAAAAAGGCCAAAUUCUGCAGCAGGAUGGUGCUCCAUCGCAUACUUCCAUCUCCACAUCAAAGUUCCUCAAGGCGAAGAAGAUCAAGAUGCUCCAGGAUUGGCCAGCCUAGUCACCAGACAUGAACAUCAUUGAGCAUAUGUGGGGUAGGAUGAAAGAGGAAGCAUGGAAGACGAAACCAAAGAAUAUUGAUGAACUCUGGGAGGCAUGCAAGACUGCUUUCUUUGCUAUUCCUGAUGACUUCAUCAAUAAAUUGUAUGCAUCCUUGCCAAACCGCAUGGAUGCAGUCCUUCAAGCUCAUGGAAGUCAUACAAGAUAUUAAACUUGGAUCUCGCAGCACCACUACUUAAUUUGCUGACAUAUUUUUGUAUUUGCAUUAAAUUUGUAAAAUUUCUGUAUAGGCGACAAAACUUUUGUCUUGCCAAAAUCUGACCUUUCUGUCUUGUUUAAAUGAUAAAUCUUUUUCAGUGAAACUAAUUUAUUUCAGUGCAUUAAACAUCAUUUGGGAGGGUUUUAGCUUUUCAUAUGAGCUAUUUCUAACACCAAUUGAUUAAUUAAAACUCAGGUUAAUAGCAGGUGUUUCUACAAAAUAGAUCAGGGACUGUACUGUUUUGUUUAUUUUAAUUUUUUUUUUCUUUUUUAAACACAAACACAUACGCUUUGAUUACUUUACGCUUUACUUGUUUAAUGAAAUGUAUGGGGUUGAUUGUUCUUAUGUUGUGUGUAUAUAUGAUGCUUUAGCAAUGUUGUUAUUACAUUCAUGCCAAUAAAGCUCAUUUGAAUUGAACGUUUACCUACAGUGGGUUCAUGUUCCUUAUGCUGACCAAUCAGAGAGCAGGAAUGUGCUGACAGGCCUGAUGGAGGAGGACAUACACCUGAGGGCAGUUUGAUAAAUCCAAUAAUAUAUCCUUUUCUAGUACUUUUGGUACUUUCAGUAUAUUUUGAUGCCAAUACUUUUGUACUUUUAAAUGAAAGACUUCUACACUGUGGUAUUACUACCUUUACUGAAGUAAACCAGGUGACUCCAUGAAUAUACUGUGUUUGCUGAAUUACUGAAAGAACGUCUUCUUGGCUCAUGGACUAUUAUUAUUUUUACUCUGUUGACGAGGUGAUCGGCACAAUGAAUUGAUGAUCGGUCUGAUCAGCUGCUGACAUCAUGUUCUGCUUCUGAAGAACUCUGUAACCAUUUUCUAAGAAGUAAAAUAAAGAUUUUCCAUUUCUUCCCU